UUCAUCUUCUCAAAUUUCUUAAAAUCAUUUUGUGUUUUGCUUUGCAGAUUUCAGAAAUGGAGUCUGGCUUAGCAGUUGGUGGUGCAUUUAUCUCUUCAGCUUUGAAUGUUCUCUUUGAUAGGCUUGCACCUCAGGGUGAGCUGCUCAAGAUGUUUCAGAAGCAUAAGAAUGAUGUUCGUCUCUUAAAGAAGCUGAGAAUGACUUUGCUUGGUCUUCAAGCUGUGCUAAGUGAUGCAGAGAGUAAGCAGGCAUCAAAUCAAUUUGUGAGCCAGUGGCUUAAUGAGUUUCGAAAUGCUGUCGACUCUGCUGAAAACUUAAUGGAAGAGGUCAAUUAUGAGGCUUUGAGACUUAAGGUUGAAGGUCAGCAUCAAAAUCUUGCAGAAACUAGCAACCAGCAAGUAAGUGACAAUAACCUGUGCUUGAGUGAUGAUUUUUUCCUUAACAUAAAGGAGAAGUUGGAAGACACUAUUGAAACAUUGAAAGAUUUGCAAGAGCAAAUUGGUGACCUUGGCUUAAAGGACCAAUUUGGUUCCACUAAACAAGAAACUAGAACACCUUCAACUUCUUUGGUUGAUGAUUCUGAUAUCUUUGGUAGGCACAAGGAAAUAGAGGAUUUGAUUGUCCGUUUAUUGUCUGAAGAUGCAAAUGGAAAAAAUCUGGCUGUAGUUCCUAUCGUUGGAAUGGGCGGCGUGGGUAAGACAACACUUGCUAAAGCCGUUUACAAUAAUGAGAAGGUGAAGGACCAUUUUGGUUUGAAAGCUUGGUUUUGUGUUUCUGAGGCAUAUGAUGCUUUCAGAAUAACAAAAGGUUUACUUCAAGAAAUUUGCUUAACGGUUGAUGACAAUCUUAAUCAGCUACAAGUCAAAUUGAAGGAAAGCCUGAAGGGAAAGAAGUUUCUUGUUGUCCUUGAUGAUGUGUGGAAUGAUAACUAUAACGAGUGGGAUGACUUGAGAAAUCUUUUUGUACUAGGAGAUUUGGGAAGUAAGAUCAUUGUAACUACACGAAAGGAGAGUGUUGCUUUGAUGAUGGGUAGUGGAGCAAUCAAUGUGGGAACUCUGUCUAGUGAAGUCUCUUGGGCUUUAUUCAAACGACAUUCACUAGAAAACAGGGAUCCUGAGGAACAUCCAGAAUUUGAAGAGGUUGGAAGAAAAAUUGCAGACAAGUGCUAAGGGUUGCCUUUAGCUCUAAAGGCACUUGCUGGUAUUUUACGCUGCAAAUCAGAGGUGGAUGAGUGGAGAGACAUUUUAAGAAGUGAAAUUUGGGAGCUUCCAAGUUGUUUGAAUGGUAUAUUACCAGCGUUGAUGUUGAGUUACAAUGAUCUUCCUGCACAUUUGAAGCAAUGUUUUGCUUAUUGUGCAAUAUAUCCCAAAGAUUAUCCAUUCUGCAAAGACCAAGUUAUUCACUUGUGGAUUGCUAAUGGUCUUGUACCACAGUUUCGUGCAG